AGGGGCUGGGCCAGAAGACGCCGAGCCCCGGCCGUGCUGCGCAGCUCUUUGGAGGCUCCUCGCAGCUCCGUACAGCAGGCGCCGGGCGGCGUCCCGGGAGCGGCGCGCCCGGGAGGGAUCCCCGCGCAGGGCCGCGCUUGCCCGCUCCCUUGGCGGCUCCUUGGAGGCUUCCGCCCUCCCGCCUCGGCGCUGCGCUACCGGCGCAGUCCCGGGCCCGGCCGGCGCCCGCUGUCGGGCGAGGCGCUUUAGGGCGGGGCGGCGGGACCGGGGCGCAUCCUCUCGGGCUGCCCGGGCCGGGCUGACAGCGCGGCCGCGCCGGCCCCGUGCCGCACUGCGCCCCGCCGGCCGCGCGGGGGCGCCCGUUCGCCGGGCCGGGCGGGCCCGCGCCGCUCGUGCGUGUCCCGGAAGGCCCCGCGCAGGCCCCGCGCCGCGACCGCCGGGCCAUGGCCGGGCUGUCCCGCACGCUCGGCAUCUUCGGCGCCUUCGUGGCCGUGGUGGGAGCCGCCUUUUACCCCAUUUAUUUCCGGCCGCUGCUGCUGCCGGAGGAGUACAGUGAGUCCCUGCGCGGGGGGAGCUGGCUGGGCUCGCCUAUGGCGCGGUCUGUGCCCGGGCUUGAGGGAAGGCUGGGGCUGCUGCUCGAGAAAGAACAGUCAAUAAACCGAGCUGGUAUUGUUCAAGAGGAUAUUCAGCCUGCAGUCUAAAUUUUCAACUGCUGGUAUUCUGAUAUUUGAUUUGUAGGGUUAAAAGUGUGGUCGAAUCCAUUCGGAAGAAAGUAAUUGGUGGCUGGGUGUAUUGCAAAACUGAAGAUGGACGCCUUCAGCUGCUGCUUCUUUCACUGAAGUGUGUAUUUGGAUGUCACUGGAGGAGAAUUCUGAAUAUGCUGUGUGGUCACACAAGGAGCAACAAAGGCUACUGGUUGGAAUCCCAAGAGAUAAAACCAGGCUAGUUUUGAGAGAGAAUGCUGGUGCAUAGCUCACAGACUGUUAGAAAGCUGAAUGAUUAUUGAGUAUAGAAAUGAAAUACUUAUUUCCUUGAGAAAAGGAAAAAGGAUUUGCUUCUAAUCUGUAGACGUUGAGUGAAUUAUGGAUAGAAUAAAUCGUGCAGACUGCUGCAAUUUCCUCUCUAGUUUGAAAGUUACAACAUGGUGAGUGUAAAUUUGUACAUUAAAAUUUUUAAACCAA